AGAGACAGAGAGAGAGAGAGAGAGAGAGAGAGAGAGAGAGAGAGCGCAGAGAAAGAGAUGGGCACAGUUUGCUCCUGCAGCGCUACAAGGACAGACUGCACUGACAGAGGAGGGGACACACACACAGCCCAGCCUGAAGAGAGACAUGUCUACAUAACAGAACCAUCAGCACACUAACCAUUUCUGGACACUGACAGCAACACAGAACACAGAUAGAUGCCAAGGACUAGCCCCUCAAAACAACCUCACCCUCACAGAGAGGGAGGUCACAGUUUGAAGGUGGAGCAGUUAGAAGACGGACACAGUAAAGGUGAGGGAAGACAUUUGUUCUGGAAGAGACCAACUAAAACAGGAGUAAUCAACAGUAUCAUCUCCUCUCUGCGAUAUAGCUCUUGGAAGUGAAAAGGAGAGACUUUGCAGUACAGGGCACUGGGCUGUGCUGCUCUGCCUUAAACACUCAUACCCUUCUGUGCUGCUUCUGCUGCUACUGCUGUUCCAAACCAGGCUACAUCAGACAGAGGUACGCUGAACGUAGCAGCUCUGCUCUACACUCUAGCUAGCUGUACUGCACUGACUAACUGAUUGACUGACUGACCAUGAGUGAGUCGAAGAAGGGUGAUCUGGCUAUCCGGGAUAAAGCCAUCCUGGGCCAGCAAAGGCGUCUGAAGCAGGCCACCCAGUUCACACACAAAGACUCAGCCGACCUGCUGCCCCUGGAUGGGCUCAAGAGACUGGGCACCUCCAAAGAUCUGCAGCCCCACAGUAUCGUGCAGCGCCGCCUCAUGGCGGGAAACAUCACACAACUGCGUGGCGAGGCCCGCGUGGGUAGACCCUCGCCCCUGGUCGACAGCAAGGAGGGGGGCGCCGGCGACGCAGAGGAGAAGAGUGAGAGCACGGCUGACGACUCCACGGAGGAGAGCGAGAGGAGCCUAGAGACGAGGUCGGACGAGGAGGAGGACAGCAGCGAGGCCGGGGGGAAGACAAGCAGCACGGCUGGGAACGAUAAAACAGAGGAGGGGAGGAAGGAGAGGCCUCUCACUACCCUGCUGGUCCAGUGCAAGUGCUGUGACACUGAGGUGAAGGCUUCCAUCAACACUGGGAGUCAACACAACCGCAUCUCCAGCUCCUGCUGCAGGAGGCUUGGAUUGGUGCCCACCCAGGAAGGUCCACCCUGUGAGCAGACAGAGGGCCAGGGCUCUGUGAGGGGCCUGCAGCUGCAGCUGGGCAGACAGAGUGUCCAGUGCUCUGCCCACGUCACCGAGGAUGAGGUAUUUGAGCUGUGCCUGGGUCUUCAGACUCUGCAGGAACUCAAAUGCUGUGUGGACCUGAGCAGUAGAGUCCUAAAGCUCCAGGGCUCAGGGGAGGAGCUGCCUUUCAUGGUCAGCCAGUGCCAUCACCAAGACAGCAAUGAGAACCUGUGACGCUGGCGUGUCACAACCUCCCAGCCGUCCCACCCCCUCCUCUGAUUGGCUGGCGCUGAAAAAACAUGAUGCGGUCCGGGUCGGGACUGUCCAAUCAGUGUCACGCACUGCCAGGAACAUGGUUGAGCACCCCAAUUCUCUUCAGUUUACACCAUUGUGUUUGUUUCUGUGGAAUUAAGACAUUACCAUGAUGUUACUCCUGUAUUGAAUUAGCCUAGUUUAUGGAGCGGAUGGAGCUCAAGGAUUGGGACAAUUCUAUGUAACAAUCUUCAUAAUUAUGUACUUAAUCAAGGUGUUUUUUAUCUGCCAGACAGUGCAUCAUUGUUCAAUACACUCAUAGAAAAAAGGAAUCCAGAAGCGUUCUUUGGCUGUCCCCA